AUGGCGUCCGCUGGGCAAACCGCAACCCUCCUCUCCUCCCCUGCAACCUCGUCACCACAACAAACACACUCGGCCCUGCCAACAGCACCUCGCACUCUUCGACAUCCCACCCGCAAGGCCUCAGGAAUAGGCAAGAUCGUCACGGCCUCGACCCCCAACCUGAGUGGCCUCUUCUCUGCGCACUCCAAACUCGCUUCAUCGCUGCAGCGCAAGGCAUCACAGGCCACCCUGACCUCGACCUCUCUCGCCGCCGCCGUCCCCGAUGCCACCGAGAGCUACGCACUCGCCUCCCUGAACGAAUCGCCCCCGCGCAGAGACAAGAUGCCUCCCAGUCCCAGGGCGGGCGCCCCAGCCGCUGCUGGCGACGACCUUGCUCUGGGGGACGAAGUGGAUGUGCCCGGCAACAUGCGCGGGACCAUUCGCUUCGUCGGCACUGUCGAGGGGAAGAAGGGCACAUUCGCCGGCGUCGAGCUGCACCCUGACUUUGCUGCACGCGGGAAGAACAACGGCGACGUUGACGGCGUAUCUUAUUUCGCUACAAAUAUACCUGGUGCCGGUAUCUUCCUGCCGCUGAAUAAGGCCGUGAGGCGCGAACCCACCUCAGCAUCCGCCAUCUCCUUCCCGAAGACUCCUGUUUCUGCUGCGAAUGGCUUGAAGGCCGGCACACAGAAUUCCACAAACUUUACACCGCCGACGCCUUCAUUACCGCAGUUCUCCAAAUCAGUCGGCCCUGCACGCCCGCCCAGUCCGUUGGGAAAGAAAUCAAGGCCCUCACUACCGCGGCCAGAGUCGCCAACACGAAAGCUACAGCUGACGCCUGCCGCGCGCCCCAGCAUCGCCACACCCUCUGGCAAGCCUGCUCCCCGAUAUGGAAGUCCGACACAAAGCAAGUUCUCGAAGAGCGUGCACAGCGCAAUGGCGCCAGGCGACCCGCCCAAGAAGGGAAUGCUUCAGCCGAGUCGCAAUUUCAGUACGGGACCACGGAGUUCGUCGGCGCUUUCCGGACCGACUGCAGGCUUCACCACAGACGAGGAGACAAUACCUGCCGGGAACGGAAGAGCGUCAGCCCUCAAGUAUAGGGCCCCGUCGCGGCAGGCCGGCGGCCAUGACGAGGAGAUCGAGCGACUACGUGCUGAGUUGGAGCAUCGCGACAGACAACUCAGGGAACAGGCGGCAACACUGGCAGACAUGGAGAGCAGCCUCACGGAAGUGCAAAAUCUUAUGGAGCAUGCUGAAAUGCCCCCACCUCCAAGUCGGAAGGACAGCCUGGGCGACAAGGAAACAGGGGAGCUACGAGCACUGAUCCGGGAAAAGAACGAAAAGAUCGCAAUGCUCACGUCCGAAUUCGAUACGCACAGAGCCGAUUUCAGGAGCACUAUCGACACAUUGGAACUGGCAAGUGCCGAGACGGAGAGAGUGUAUGAGAAGCGUAUAGAUGAGCUGAUGCAAGAUAUACAACAAAUCCAAGAGCGGAACAGCGACGUUGAUGUGGUUGCGACGCAACUGAAACAACUGGAAGAACUCGUGCAGGAACUUGAGGAAGGCCUCGAAGAUGCCAGGAGAGGGGAGGCCGAGGCCCGUGGGGAGGUGGAGUUCCUGAGGGGUGAGGUUGAGAGGACAAGGACCGAGCUCAGGAGAGAAAGAGAGAAGGCGGCCAGUGCGCCAAACGGCACAGCUGGUCAAUCUCAUGGGGACAACUCGGCCCUCUUCAAAGAGCUGGAGCAGAAAGAGGACGAGAUCCGGGGCCUCAAAGCAAUCAUCCACUCUCUGGGUAGAGAUUCGCUACCGGACGACGCCGACAGGCCACAGCCUCAUCGGUCUCUCGAGCGCCAGGUCGCAGAACUACGAGCCGCACUGGAUGACAAGACGAGCAAGGAAGAAGACAUGGAGCAUGAGAUCGAGGCCCUUAGGAGGGGCAGCGCUGCGACCGUGCGCGACGGUCGCAGCAAUGGAACCAUGGCUCAGCGCUCAUCUGUCCGUGACUCCCGCGACACGGUCGUCCUGGCCCAGGAGUUCGAGCACCGGUCGCCGGAGCAGCAGCAGCCAGGGCAGAGGCGGUCGCAUCAACGGGCCCACACGUUGGACACAAUGGCCGAGAGCGACGCCCUGUCCUCGGUCACGGAGAACAGCACACUCUGGUGCGAGCUGUGCGAGACUUCGGGCCAUGACAUCCUGACCUGCACCAACAUGUUCGGCAACCCGCCCGCAGCGCCGUCCGAGCCUCUGCCGACGCCAAAGGUCUCGAGCCAAGGGGGCCUCGCGCCACCCCUCGCCAAUGAACACGACGAUUAUAAGGUGGCUCCGCUGUCGCCCCACUUACCACCAUCCUCCGAGCCCGUCAAGAUGAUACCGAACCUGAACGACCCGGGCCCAGUGGCGGGCAAGGAGUCCGGCGUCAUCGAUGCGGAGGCGUGGUGCGCGCUGUGCGAGAAGGACGGGCAUAAUAGCGUGGACUGUCCGUUUGAGGAUGCUCUAUGA